UUUAAGACAAGUUACGUUUGUUUUGUAAAUAUUGGUCGUCUUAUAACAACAAGUGUCCCACUAUUUCAUACAAGAAUACGGACAAUUUAGUUGCUGUCACAACAGCCGCAACUUAAGGUGAAUGAACAUUGUGUGGGCAAACCGGGUGUUUUCAAAAUGAUCUUACUCCAUACGUGUACCAAGUGUUCAAGUUAGAGUGAAUCAAUUUAAAUGAAUUACUCAUCCGAACGCAACGUGCUUUUAAGCUGAAAAAAAAUAAACGUUAAUAAUUUGAGUAAAUGGUGACUUCACACUUACCUGCAGUACUAAUGUAGACAUUGGACACUUACGAGUACUCGCUUGUUAUGUGCAACUGAGCUGUGUUCUGGAACUUAAAAAUAACUUCGAAAAUGGUUGGCAAAACGACUUACUCAAGUGUGCCCACUGCGGCGGACUUAGAAAAUAACAGCAAUCAAAAGAAAUACACCGUUAACAGAAAACCCGAAGGUUUAGUGAUACCAAAAUCUUUGUGUGCUUUAAUGGCUAUCGGAGCACUUUUAUUAGCCGUACUUGUAGGUUUAUUAGUAUUUUUCCUCGUUCCUAGAUGUAGCGAAGCAAUAUUACCUCAAGCAUCAGAUAGUCGACAAAGUGGAGACUUUAGGGUGAGCGAUGAUGGCUUGCCCUUGUAUAAUACUCCAAGUACGAUACCCGAUGGAGAAUUGUCGAAAGUCUACAGCACAGCUAGAACAUUACCAGACAUUGACGAAAGGCUGCCUAGAAGUAUAGAACCUACGCAUUACAGGAUCCAAAUAAAACCCUACCUCAACAACCUAACCUUCCACGGUUCCAUCGUAAUGACUCUAAACAUCAAAGACGAAACUGACGAAAUCAUUUUCAACGUGAAGAACAUAGAAAUCGACAAGCCUUCACUUAAAAUCAAAUCUGCCAAAAGCGACAAACCCUUGCAAAUCGCAAGCCAGGACUACCUCCAAGGAGAGAGAUACAAAAUAGUCUUAGACGAGAGUAUGAGCAAAAACAUCAUGUAUACACUCGAGCUGAUGUACGUCGGACAUCUAAACAACCACUUGCAAGGGUUCUACCGGAGUUCCUACGAUGAAAACUCUGAUAGUUUCGAGAAGUAUUUGGCCAGCACCCAAUUUUCGCCAACUGACGCCCGACGAGCAUUUCCUUGUUUCGAUGAGCCUUCUUUUAAAGCCAAUUUCACAUUAAUCAUCGGAAGGUUCUCAAAUAUGACGUCCUUGGCAAACAUGCCUCUUGAGAAGUCCGAUCAGGAUGAAAAUUAUAAGGAUAUGUUUUGGGACUACUACAAAACUACGCCAAAAAUGUCAACGUAUUUGGUGGCUUUUGUAGUCAGCGAUUUGCAAGGGUAUGGUUCUUCAGAUAAGUUAAUCAAAAUAUGGUCAAGGCGAUCUUUGAGCAUCCAAGCAAGAUAUGCAGCUGAGUUGGCACCUAAAGUUUUACACUUCUUUGAGGAUUACUUCAACAUUUCAUUUCCUCUGCCGAAAAUUGAUAUUGUGGCAAUCCCAGAUUUUGGCUACAACGCUAUGGAAAACUGGGGUUUAAUCACGUUUAGAGAGAGCGCUUUGUUGUAUAAUACAAACGAACCAGAUGUUGACAGCAGAAGAACCAUCGCAACCAUUUUGUCCCACGAACUGGGUCAUCAGUGGUUCGGCAACUUAGUAACACCGAAAUGGUGGAACGAUUUAUGGUUAAAAGAAGGUUUCUCGUCGUAUGUACAAUACCUAGGAACCGAUUUCGCUGAACCAUCCUGGAGAAUUAAAGACGAAUUCAUGUUUAGUGAAACGAAUCGAGCCUUUGCGAUAGAUGGAUUCGAAUCCUCCAGACCCAUUUCCUUCGAGGUUAAAAACAGCAGACAAAUCAAACAAACUUUUGAUGAACUGUCAUACGCAAAAGGCGCAGCUAUUGUCCGCAUGAUGAACCACUUUCUAGGGGAAGAAACCUUCAAAAACGGUAUAAUUAGCUACUUGAAAAAACACCAAUUUGGAAAUGCCGAUCGUGAUGAUCUUUUUGAAACCUUGAACAAAGAAGCUCAUAAGAAAGGUUCUUUGGACUCUUCUCUUAACGUUAAGACGAUCAUGGACUCUUGGACGAAGCAACCAGGCUUUCCUGUAGUCACCGCGAUUCGGGAUGUAGCCAACAAAAAACUCAUAUUGUCUCAAAAAAGAUUCUUGUUUACGACUAGACCACUCGAUAAUUCAACUUGGUGGGUUCCCAUUUCCAUUGUCACCGAUGUUAAUCCAGACUUUGACAACACUCGACCGACCGUGUGGCUUAAGAAUGAACCCAUGGUGACCGUGAAUCUAAAUAUGAGUUCAUGGUAUCUCAUCAACAUCCAUCAAACAGGUUAUUUUAUUGUAAACUACGACGAAGCAAACUGGAAGUCAUUAACCGAAAAUAUAAUGUUGCUGCCGCCCUUAAUUAGAGCUCAAUUGAUUAGCGACUCGAUGGAUUUGGCAAGGGCAAAUCUGUUAGAUUAUGACAUACCACUUAAGCUAGUCCAGCUUAUGGCACUUCGGGAUAAAGACAUCAUGUUUGUUCCAACCCAUGUAGCUUUCAAGAAACUGGAAUAUUUGAGUGACAUGCUAUCAUCGACUCCCAGUUUUGGGCUUUUUGAAACAUUCCACUCUACGAUCUUCAAGGAAACAUACACUUUGGUUAAUUCUAACAGAGAUUACUAUUCGGAUAACUAUUUGGGGCAGAGGAUUCGAAAAACUGUUAUGAAAUGGGCUUGCCGCAAGAGUGACUCUGAGUGUGCCAUCACUUCACAUAGACUGUUUAGACAAUGGAUGGAACACAAAACAAUAAUUCCUCCCAAUAUACGGGAUGUUGUUUACUGCACGGCAAUCCGUCAAGGGAAUGAAGCGGAGUGGCAAUUUGCUUUCAACCGGUACCUCAACACAACAUCGGUGACCGAGAAGAACGUUCUUUUAGACGCUUUGGGGUGUACCACGCGAAAAUGGCUUUUAUCAAGGUACCUGGGUCAUUUGGUCCGGAAUGAUUCCAGUAUAAGGAUCCAAGAUGCUAGCAGAGUUUUCAAGUCGGUGUGCGACAACAAUAUAGCAAACACAAUGGCUUUUGACUUUUUGCGAACACACUGGAAUGAACUGCUGUCACACUAUGGUGAAGGCUUUAACAUCAUUAGCAAAAUGGUCAAAAGUUUGCCACGAUUUAUGAAUACAGAGUAUCAACUUUCAGAACUUAUUAGAUUUAGAAACGAAAUAAGAAACAAUAUAAGCACCGCCAGUCAGGCUUUCGAUAGUACUAUCGAAAAAGUGAGAGGCAAUGUUGAAUGGAUUAAGAAGAAUUAUCAUUCCGUCGAAAAUUGGCUGACCGUGCAUCAGGAACAUUUUCAUUUAUAAAUAACUUGAAACUUCUAUGACAACAUUAUGAUUUUCUUGUAUUUUCGUUUAACUGAUUAAAAUACUAUUUUGAUUAUUCCUGUAAUGUGUAAAAGAUGCGUGAUCCAAAGAUGUAUUUUCUUUUAAAAAGUGAUAGAAACGUUGUAGAUGUCUAGGUAUUAUUUUUACAUCUGAUUACUAUUAUUAUUAAUGAAUUUUACAUUUCAAUGUGCUUAAAUGUCGAUUAUUA